AUGUCAGCAAACCAGUACUACAACCAAGGCCCUCCUCAAUACCCCCAACAAAGCUACAGCGGUCCUUACGGCCAACCUCAAUAUGGCGGUCCACCGCCCCAGCAGCAGAUGUACUAUCCACCACAGGGACAGCAAAUGCAAUACCAGCAGGGGCCACCGCCACCACAGAGGCAGUCAAAGGAUCGGGGAUGUUUGGCCGCUUGGUAA